GGCCAUGGCGGAGCGUGUGGAGCGGCGCCUGGAGGAGCGCGUCCCCGAGCUCGAGCAGCUGGAGCGGGUCGGCCUCUUCAGCCGCCGGGAAGUCAAGGCAGUUAUUAAGAAGACGUCAGCCCUUGAAUAUAAAAUACAGCGGAGAGCACUUCACAAGGAGGAUUUUAUCAGUUAUAUUCAGUAUGAAAUCAAUUUGUUGUCAUUGAUUAAGAAAAGAAGAUCGCGCAUUGGCUACUCGUUUAAGAAAGACGAGAUUGAGUACUCCAUCGUGCAGCGGAUACAUGGCCUCUUCAAACGGGCUACGACAAAAUGGAAGGACGACAUUCAGCUGUGGCUGUCUCAUGUUGCCUUUUGCAAGAAAUGGAACAGGAAAAUCCAGCUGAGCAAAGUGUUUUCUUCCAUGUUGGCCCUUCAUCCAAACAAGCCAGCUCUGUGGAUCAUGGCUGCAAAAUGGGAAAUGGAGGACCGCUUGUCGCCUGAAAGUGCCCGGCACUUGUUUUUGCGUGCGUUGCGCUUCCAUCCAGAGUGUCCCAAACUUUAUCAAGAGUAUUUCAGAAUGGAGCUGAUGCAUGCUGAAAAGCAGAGGCGAGAAAAGAAAGCAUUGGAGCAAGCAAAAAUGGACAUGGGCGAGUUCAAUUAUUCUGAGGACAUACUUAAUGGCGAAAUGGCUCAGAUAGUUUGGAGGCAGGCGAUCCAGAAAGUCAAAGGUGCAGAGUUCCUGCUGGCGCUGCUGUCCAUUGCAAAGCUCUUUGAUUUUGCCCAGGGGCUCCAGAAAGAAAUCUUGGAGAAAUUACAGGCUGAGUAUGCCAAUGAUCCUCUCAUGUGGGAUUAUAUGGCACGGCGGGAGCUGGAGAUAGACUCCCUGCCAUCGAAGGAACAUACGUCCAAACAGUCAAAGGCACUGGAGGUGGCCCACAAAGAAGAACGGUGCUGUAGAGUGUUUGAGGAGGCAGUGACAGCCCUUCCCACAGAGGACAUGUGGAAAUGUUACAUCACUUUUUGCUUGUGGAGAUUUAACCGGAAGACCAAUUGUGAAGAGUUGAGGCGGAAGAGGCUGGAAAAGACGUUAAGCGUCUUCAGUCAAGCUCACGAGUCACGGUUGCUGCCAGCUUUGUUGUAUAAACAGUGGCUUCAGAUCUUACUGGAGGUUGACUGCCAAGAGAAGGCUGAAGAGGUGGCAGCAGCAGCCACCAAGCGGUUCAGCCAGUCGGUAGAAAUGUGGGACGUGCGGCUGCAGCUGCUGAUCAAACGGAACAGUCAUGCUUUGGCCUCUUGUUUCCAGGAGGCUUUUCAGGCGGUUAAAGACAAGGACAGCCUGCCAAUAUGGAUUUUAUGGGUUGAAUGGAGUGAGAAAGUGAAUGGCAAGGCUGAAACGGAAGCACUCUAUCAGAGAUCCUUGCUUGCCACGCUCCCGGCUGACUCCAUAACCAUGAAAGAAAAGUACCUUGAUUGGGCCUAUAGGACUGGUGGCUAUAAGAAAGCCAGAAAAGUUUUUGCCAGCUUGCAUGAAAGCCGGCCAUUUUCACUGGAGUUCUUCAAGAAGAUGAUUCAGAUAGAAAAGGAGCAGGACUCUUGUAAAAUGUUCAAUCUCCGAGAAUAUUAUGAACGUGCCUUGCGAGAGUUUGGUGCCAGGGAACCCGAUCUUUGGUUGGCCUACAUCAGAGAAGAGAUGAGUUCCCAAGGCAAGCCUGAAAACUGUGGCAGUAUUCACUGGAGAGCUAUGAAAACGUUGCAAGGAGAACAAGUAGAAAGUUUUAUUUCAAAGUACACAUUGCUGCAAACUGGACAUCUGUGAAAAAAGUAGUUGCAUCGUACUGGAAGACAAAUGUUGAAGAACUAAAUUAAUUGUCAUUUUCUACUUUACGUUUUAUACAUCCCCCUCCCCACCAAAAGCAAAAAUAUAUGUAUUUCUUGGCUGUAGGUGUGUGUGCAU